AUGCUUGCAUGCGUUUCUCCUGCUGACUCGAACUUUAUGGAAACGCUUAAUACAUUAAAAUAUGCUAAUCGUGCUCGUAAUAUCAAAAAUAAAGUCACUGUUAACGAGACUUAUGGUGGAAAUUCCGUAGAGAUUAAUCAAUUACGAAGUCAAAUUGCUCAAUUAAAGAUGGAAAUUCAAACAUUACGUUCUGGUGGUAUAGAUGAAAAUAAUGCUCGUAAAUAUGAAGAUGAAAUAACUUAUCUUCGUGGUGAAUUAGGUCUUACAAAAAUGAGACUUCAAACUACUGAACGUGAACUUGUAAUGUCAAACACCGAAAAGAACACUUUAUUAAUGGAAAUUGGUUUUAAUGACCAAGAUCUUUCGGAUGCUGAUCGUGCUCAUAAAAUGAAAACUCAUCACAUUAUUCAAGCUUAUGAACAAAAAAUCCUUGAUUAUAAAAGUCAAGUUGCUGAUCUUCAAGCUCAAACUCAAUCACAAGCUUUUAUGCAUCCUCAUAAAUCUUCUUUUGCCGGUUCGAAUCCUGGUCGUGAAAAAGGUUUACAUAUAAAGUUCCCUGAUGUCUCUCAAUUCAACUCUUCUGAUGAUGAAGCUCACAAUACCGAAAAGAAAUUUAGAAAAAGACGUUCAAAAAAACAAAAAGCUAGAGCAGAAGGUCAUUUCCAAAUUGCUAAUGAUGUUUCUGUAAAUCCUGAAUCUUCAUCUUAUCAUGAAUAUCCUGAUUCUGUAAAACCUGCAAAUUUGGAAGAGGCUAAGUCCAUGUUUUCUCAUUACGAUGAUCAUUAUAUUCAUGAAGAAGACGCAAAUGAUUACGAAAUUCAUGAAAGACGUAAUAGUACUGAUGGUGGUGAAAGUGAUAAUUCAACAAGAUCUAGUAGAGGUUUGAGAAGACGUAGUGCUAAAGCCAUUGAGAAGGCCAAGGAACAAAAUAAGCAAGGUUUCUUGCUUCUUAAGAAUGGUGGUACUUUGAAUGAUGAUCCACUAGCUAGUCAACUUACAAAGACCCCUUCCUCUACAAAAAGUGAAA